UGCUGGCAUUAGUCCCCACACCCAUUCCCUUUUACCUUGUAUUGUUAUGUUGCAAUUUAGCAGCAUCAGCGACCCCCUCCCUUGUUAUGUCCCCGCAGGUCGAGCGUAAGCUUAAUGUCACCAUGACCCUGUCAAUGUACCUUCUGCUUUCCGGAAUUUACUUACACUACGAGGAGGGCUGGAGCCCCCCUUCUCUUCCUGCCUGUGUUCCAGUUUGUUCCCCUUUCUCAGUGUGACAAAGUUUAGCACGCAACCUAGCCCCCCUUCUAGACUUACUUAAUUUGCGGUGACUCGUCUCAGUCAGCGUGGUUUGGCGGAGCUUGCUGACUGUCGCAGCCGGAGCCUGCAAGACAGAAAGACGCUGCUGACUAAAUUCAACCAACCAACCUCUACGGAAGCUUACUGCGCAUGUGCGCUAUUUAGCCAAAAACCCAGUAAAUAUAAAGGUCUGAGCCGCUGAAAAUCUGGGAAGAUUUGUAUCUUUUUCCGACUGAGAAGAGACAGUUUGUGAACUGCGCUAUACCUUGACAAAAGAAUAUUCAGGCUGAUGGCUCUAUCAAAACCUGAGAGUCUUUCACUGGAAUGCAGUGAGCUCCCUGAUCAAUUUCUUUUUGUGGGAGAUGUAACCUUGGGUGAGAAUGCCAGAGACACCAUGCAACAGAAGACUGAAAAGCAGAAGCAGAAACAGAGUAUUUUAACAGCUGUGGUUGCCCUGCUGAACUCUGGUGGGGGGAUCGUCCGUGCGGCGGUCAAGAAUGAGAACUACAGCUAUUGCUCAGAAGGUAUAGGCCUGGACCUAGAAGUGGCUUUGAAACAGCUGGUUGAACCAUCAACUAUAGAAGAUUACUUUGGGUUUUCGCAAAGCGGGAUGACCUUCUUGAUUUUUGUGAAAACAUGGAGCUCCACUGGGGGUCGGGUUCGUCUUUGUAGUAUUGACACCGGCCUCCGAAUUAGAUCUGGAACAUCAGCUUUAAAUGUUGAAAAUAGUGCAGUAACAGAUUUCUUAAUGAAGCAGAAGAAAAAGAAAAAAUUGGCAAAGGGACAAGGUGAUGAGCCUGUGGCAAAGAGACGCCGCUUUUUGUCUGGAGAUAGAGCCAAUGGUCAGCGGCUGUUUGAAAGACAGGAAGUUCAGCUUGGAGAAGAGUUACCAUUUGGGGAGAGUGUGAAUGUGGAGCUGAAGAGUUUUAGUAAAGAAAAAAACCUUUAUAAAAGAAUUAAAGACAUCAUUGCAAAGUACAGAAGUGCCUUUGCCAACACAGAUGGUGGCUACCUCUUCAUUGGUGUUGAUGAUAAAACAAAAAAAGUAGUUGGAUGUGGCAGCGGUUUUGACAAGGAUUCCAUAAAGAGAGAAGUAGAAGACAUAUGCUGCAAGGUCAUUUCAGUUCACUUCUCAGGCUGCACUCAGGAGAAUGACUGCUCUGUGGAAGUCCGCAUCCUCGACGUCCUUGGGGGAAAUGCCAGUGAGUCUCUGUACGUUGUGGCCAUACACAUUCCAAAGUUUUGCUGCACUGUUUUUGAAAGACAUCCGGAUUCAUGGCAUCUUGAAGGCACAGAUACAGGGUGCCCUCAAGAUGCCAAGGUGUGCCAGAUACAGGCUGGAGUCUGGUUGGAAAAGAUGCAAGUGACUGAUACAGAUGAUGAUGAUUUUUGUGGCCAGUUUGAAAUAAUGCUCAGUCAGAAUGCUGCACCUCCAAAAUGCAAGUCGGUCUAUGGGAUCAAAGAUGACCACCUAAGUUCUUUGCAGCACAAAUUGUUCCCUGUUAAUGUAGGAAGAAUAACAAUCACACCUGAUGACCUUAAGAAAAAAUUAUGGGAAAAGUAUCCAAACCUUCAAAAGUUGAUGCCAGAAGCCAGUCGAGGAGUCAUGAUUCUCUCCAACAGCUGGGCAGUUGAUAUUGACAGACCAAAAAACAAGGAGGUCAUUUGUGAAGCCCUCCUGAUCUGUGAACAGGAUUACCCUAAACUUUUCUUCAUGGUGGAAAAUGGAAGCUCUGAUCUGUGGGAAUAUGCCAAGGAUACUGCCUUCCACCUCAAACGGAAGCUUGUGAAUCUUGGAGGCUAUUCUGAAUGGGUCUGUGUGAUCCCACAACUGGUGAACUGUGAGACAGGGCAGUUAAUAGCAAGAGAUCAGAGUAGUGCUGGUACUGUGAUAGGGCAUCAGUACCCAGAGUGCUACAAGCCUGAGAACAUGGGGGUAGUGAGAGCCUUACUACGGGCCCUGGUGAUUGUAGUAAUGAGCUUCACUUCAGCACUCAGUAAUCAGUUAGGGCAGGAGUUCUUGAAUUUGCUCACAUUUGAGCAGUUUGAAAUCCUUCACUCAAAAUUUGACGUAGAGGACAUGAGAAAACUGUUUGUUCACGGCUAUCCUGGAACAGGGAAGACUGUGCUGGCAACCCUGGUAAUCAAGAGGAUUAAAAAUACAUUUAGAUGUGAAGCAAGUAAUAUCCUUUACAUCUGUGAGAACGCACCACUAAAAGAAUUUAUAAGAAAAAAAAACAUUUGUCUGAGUGUAACACGGUCAAGUUUCAUGAAUGGAGCAUUUCCAGAUAUCAAGCACAUAAUUGUGGAUGAAGCCCAGAAUUUCCGCCUGAAAGGAGAUUGGUAUAACAAAGCAAAACAGAUUGUGGAACCAGAGAAUGGUGUGUUUUGGGUCUUUCUUGAUUACUUUCAGCUCAGUCAUACAGAACCUAGUGGUUUACCAUCACUUUCAAGACAAUCCAAUAAAACCAUUUUGGACAAAUCCUUGCGGAAUAGCAUGGCUGUACACAGUGAGGUUUACAAGAUACUUAUGAAAAUAAGAGUGAGUAAAGCUAAACGUGAGAGAGAUGUAAAGCAACACAUGGAAAGAAUGAUUAGGAAGAUUAACUGUGUGCACUCACUUCCAGGUUAUUAUGAAGAGAUAAGCUCAACAAAAAAAGCAAAAUUAUUCAUACUGACAGCACUCUUAGAAAGCCUGCUAGACCAAGGAAACUCUCCAAAAGAUAUUGCCAUUCUUAGUUCAAUUGAGAGUGGCGCUGAUCGUAUAAGACAGGAAAUUAAUAGUUUGACACAGGAAAUUCCUUUUGGUUCAGCAGAGGAAAUAUAUGAAAAUGUGGUUGUGGUUGACUCAGUUCGCAGGUUCUCUGGUCUGGAGAGAAACAUUGUCAUUCUGAUUAAUCCAGUGGUUCACAUACUUCAGAGAAAUAUAAAAAACCAGUUUUUGGUUUCGGCCAUCUCCAGAGCUAGAUUACAACUGUAUGUUAUUUUCGUGAAAUGAAAGAGCAAGAAUUGGACAAAAAGUCCAUCACAGGCACUACAGGGUAAAUAUUGUAAAUAUGACCAAAUGUUUUUUUGUCUAUCCUAAGCUUUGGCCCAGUCUACCUUUCUGCAGUUUUUAGUUAUUGAUACAUAUAGUCAACUAACAACAUUCAAAGCUUUGUUUACGCUUUACAUUAACUGCACCUUCAUAAUGCAUUUGUAGAAUAUUCAGUGCACCUUAAUCAUGCAUUCAUAGAACAUUCGUAAGCAGCAUGUAAUAAUACAUCAACUACCUAACAUACCUUAACUGUAAUAUAUAUUAACAAACAUAUAAUAAACAUAUCAUGCAACUUUAGAAACUACUUGUGCAUUUACAGCAGUGUUUUUAUGUAUCUUUACAAUGUGAAUUUAAUUAGCAUUUCAUUCAACACCCCAUACACAGGUAUACAUACACAAUCACAUAUACACACUGUAUUUUGUAUUUGAUUAGUGCCAAGUUUCUAAAUCCCUUUGAUGGAGAAACCUUUGUAAUGGCUGGUAUUUAUAUUAUCGAUUUUAUGAAAUGUAUGGUUUACUUUUGUGAUUCUGUUUCUUUUUAAGACAUAAAUACUAAGUACAAAACAUUGUUAUUGACUUUCACCAUUUUAAUGUUAUGAAUGUAGUUUUAUUGUGCUGUAGUGUUUUUAUUCUGUUUGCUUUCUCUCAAAAUAUAAAUCCUAAGUAAUGCUUUCCAAGUCACCAUGGUUAUGAAAUGGUCAAAUUAAUAAAAAUUACCUCAAUGAACCAGCAUCAUAUGACUGUGAUAGAGGACAAGAUAAGUGGUAUAAUGUUCAAAUAAAUAUUAAGCCAUCUUGAAAAA